AUGGCGUCAGGACAACGAGAGGCGGAAAGAGCUGCAAAGGCCGAUAGAGCUGAAGCCGCGGCAAGGCUUGCGGCUGACGAUUUGAAAGAUGUCAACAAAGAUGGCGGUGUGGCGUACAAGGUGACGGAGAAGACAACUACCACAACAGAGCCGGAGAAGACAACAACUACAACCGAGCCAGAGAGGCCAGGGCUGAUAGGGUCGAUGAUGAAGGCGGUGCAAGGUACUAAAGAAGCAGUGAUCGGUAAAAGUCAUGACGCUGCUGAGUCAACGAGAGAAGGAGCCGAGGUUGCAUCUGACAAGGCGGCAGGAGUGAAAGACGCCACCGGAGAGAAGGCGGGAGAGGUCAGAGACAGUACUGCGCAAAAGACUAAGGAAACUGCUGAUUACACAGCAGAUAAGGCGAGAGAGGCCAAAGACAAGACAGCUGAGAAAACGGGCGAAUACAAAGAUUACACGGUGGAUAAGGCGACUGAGGCCAAAGACAAGACGGCCGAGAAAGUGGGUGAAUAUAAAGACUACACAGCAGACAAGGCCAAAGAAGCUAAAGACAAGACUGCGGAGAAGGCAAAGGAAACGGCGGAUUACACGGCUGAGAAGGCAAAAGAGGCCAAAGACUAUACGGUGGACAAGGCAACUGAGGCCAAAGACAAGACGGCUGAGAAGGUGGGGGAGUAUAAAGACUAUACCGUGGAUAAAGCAACGGGGGCCAAAGACUACACGGCAGAGAAGGCGACGGAAGGGAAAGACGCUGGAGUGAGUAAGAUUGGUGAGCUUAAGGAUAGUGCCGUGGACACUGCGAAGAGAGCUAUGGGUUUCUUGUCUGGCAAGACAGAAGAAACUAAACAAAAAGCCGUAGAGACCAAAGACACGGCCAAGGAAAAAAUGGACGAGGCGGGAGAAGAAGCGAGGCGGAAAAUGGAAGAAAUGAGACUUGAGGGUAAAGAACUUAAAGACGAAGCUGGCCAAGUGAGCCAUGAAAAAAGCGAAUCCGCCGCCGAGCAAGCCCGAGAGGCGAAAGAUUCCACCGUCGAGAGAGGUGAGGAAGGCAAGGGGACGAUACUGGAUGCGUUGGGGAAUAUGACGGGAGCGAUUAAAAGCAGGUUCACUGGGACGGCGCCGUCUGAUGAAGAGACACGUGCGGCGGCAUCGCAUGGAGACGAAGGCUCGGGGAAGACGACUGUGACGGUUGACGUGAAAAAUACGAGGCCUGAACACGUGGCGACGUCGCUGAAGAAGUCGGAUCAGAUGACUGGUCAAACUUUCAACGACGUUGGAAGGAUGGAUGAAGAGACCGAGAAGGGGAGAGUCAUCGUGGAAGAGAAAGGGAAGCUGUGA